UAAUUGAUUAGAAUAAUAAGUUGAUAACUUCUCGGAGCUGGAUUUUAUAACGGGGUGAGAUCACGAAAGCACUACGCCAUGACAGUAUCUCAAUCAGAGGUUAUGUCACAGAUGAUAAACUAAAUGAGAGACGCCGAUCUCGCGAGUCAGGCGACUCCACAAUUUAGUAAAUUACCCGCGGCGUUGACGCCACCGUCGAUUCCUGGAUUCCUGUACCGGUCAAUAAGCCUUGUGUUCACACUUAGUUUUGAUAAUCAGUAUCAUCAAUAUCGCAAGCUGAUGGCCCAAGCAGCGGUGAAAGUCGUCGACCUGACCGAGGAGGCAGUAAAAGAAGAGAAACAAGGAACGACAACGUCGUUGGAGUGCGCCGUUUGUCUCCAACAAUGUAUUCACCCAGCCAAAUUACCAUGCACCCACAUAUUUUGCUACCUCUGUGUCAAAGGGGUAGCUAAUCAGAGUAAAAAAUGUCCAAUGUGCAGACAAGAAAUUCCAGCUGAUUUUGUGGAGAGACCAGAGUUGGUGGAGGUCGAGGAGUCCAAGGUGCCAGGAGCUGAGGAGGAGUAUCAGUGGUUCUAUGAAGGGAGAAAUGGGUGGUGGCAAUAUGACCCAAGAACAAGCCUAGAACUCGAGACAGCAUACAAACAAGGCAAGAGAACGUGUGAGCUCUUGAUCGCGGGCUUCCUCUACAUCGCCGACUUCGGUUCGAUGCUGCAGUUGAGAAGAAAUGACCCUUCCAGACAUCGAAGAAUUAAACGAGAUCUUCACAACGUCCCUAAAAAGGGUGUGGCUGGUCUGAGGCUGAACCGAGAGGAAGAGCCGGCUUUCAGGGAGAUCAGAGGGGCUGAAAGACCUGCCAGUCCAGCUAGUGAUUCUAUGGGCACAGGUGAUGGAACAAAUACACCAGUGCCUCCAAGCAAUACUCCUCAAACACCAGCUGGAAAUACGAGUGGCGAUGCAACACCCCUGACUGGCAGACUGGAACACAGACAGGACUCCUUACACCAGGUUUUAGAACAAAUGCGUUCAUUAAUGCUAAGUGGUCACUUCACUCUUAACAGUGAUAACGAUCUUGAAGAUACGAACGUCAGUGGAUCGUUUUCAGAUAAUCAGCGUACAAUACGCAGGGCAACGCCGUCAAAUACCGACACAUCUGCAUACAGCGAUGAAGGUGAGAAUCAUCUUUAAACGCAGGCAUUGUGAUCGUUAUCAUUCAUUCCCUAGGGCGAGGGCCGACAGAUGUUGAAUGUUGUCAUUCGCAUUAUUUUUAUUUGAUUAAAGAAAAAAACAUGAAUAUCGAUAUUUUGUUUAUCGCAAGAGGGAAAAUAUUUUCAUCAUUAUUUACUCGGUUAUCGUGAGAAAAAAAUCCAAAGAGAAUAACAAAAGUUUAUGAGAGAAGUCUGUGAGACUAAGAUGAGAAAUUAUGAAAGUAGAGAGAUGGAGAACGGCGGAAAGGAACAGCAGAAAUAUCAAUGUAAAUUGUCAAUUUCCUUCCAAAUCCGCGAACUUCUGCAGAGGAAACUGUCAAAAAGAAUGUUAAGAUGCAAAAAUUAAUUCUCUGUGUGAUGUUAAGAAAGAAAAAAAUGAUCUUUUCCGAAAUGAUCAACAAAUAGGAUUAGAGAUACAUUUUUCCUCCUAAAUUAUUCUAUGAAGUCUACAAAUGAUACCGUAUUACUGCAUCUAAAGUCUAUAAAAAUUUAAUUUAAAAUAUUCCAUUUAACAUAGUCAAUAAAAACUUUUUCAAAAAAUAAAGACAAGGAAGGAAUAUUUUUGAUUCA